UAACCUGUUCACAUCUGACAUCUAAACCCAAUACUGUUACCUGGGUCACCAUUUGAACAUUUCCCAGAAGGACUAUAUAUCUGGAAGUUUGGAUUACUACUGCUGAUAGUGGAUUCUCGUCUCCAGGCAGCCAAUCAGGAAGAUGUAGAGUCACAGAUCAGAGAUCAACCAUCAGAGUCAGAAGUCCACAGCUCUCCAACAGCAAAAGAGGAGCAACAGAUACAUAAUGACACAAGUGACAUUGGAAUGAUACUCCACAGAAAAGAGUUAGUAUCUGGAUGAAUAGGCAAGAGCUUGGCGUAUACAGCUGAACUCUGUUGCUAUCCACACUCCCGAAGCUGCUGGCAGCUCCUCAGGGCAGGACUUCAGUUGAGGGGCAGAAGUCCCACUUUCAACUUUGGUGUGUUAAGGUUGCAGUUUGGACUUCUUCUGGGUGUGCUGGCUUUUGCCGAUUUCCCUUUUGGAGGAUAGAACAGUCCUCUUUGGAUUCUGGCUUUCAUUUCUGGAGAAGAUCUAACAUGUUAAGAAGAUUGUUUGGCAAGGUGCUGGGAUUCACAGGCUUUACCAUUCAGUAUGGCUGUAUUGCCCACUGUACCUUUGAAUACCUAGGAGAAAUUGUCAUGUGUUCCGGUCCUUCCAUGGAGCCUACAAUUAAGACCUAUGAUAUAAUCAUCUCUGAGAAACUCAGUCGACAGUUUUAUCGCAUUGAAAAAGGUGAUGUGAUAAUUGCUAAAAGUCCCAAUAAUCCCAAAAUGAAUAUUUGCAAACGAGUGAUUGGUCUAGAAGGCGACAAAGUAUGCACAAGUGGUCCACUAGAUGCCUUUAAGACCCAUAGAUAUGUACCAAAAGGUUAUGUUUGGUUAGAAGGUGACAAUCUACAAAAUUCCACUGAUUCCAGGAAUUACGGACCUAUUCCUUAUGCCUUGAUUCGUGGUCGAGCAUGCUUUAAGAUUUGGCCACUGCACGAAUUUGGUUUCCUGAAAGAAAGCCCUAACAGCACUUCUCCACGAUGAAUUAAGUAGACGGCAAUGAUUUAUUUCUUAGUCAAACAGAUAUUUAAAUGAAAACCAACUUCAAACGAGAUGUUUUCCAAUAAGAGACUUUUUAAGCACUGGAUAAAGUGGUGGUGAUUUUUGACACAAUAUGCUGUAAUCAGAACUGUUUGCAAUAAUAAAGAUAAAGAAAUGCUACAAGAAGAGAACAAGGUGCAUAAAAAGUGUUGGAGAAGCUGAGGAUCAACGAUUAACAGGGAAACCGCUUUGGUACUGUAUACUUUUAUCCCCAUAUUUGCAUGACAAAAGUGAAAUCAAGAACAAUAGGCAAUUGGUAAUUUGCCCUACAAAAUGUACAGGUAAAAUCAACUACAAUGCUCUGGCAUUGUAGUUCUAAACAAAGACAUUAGUGAACCAGUUGGGGCUUUAUGACAGUUACAGUUUUAUAUUCAUUUUUGAUACAAAUACCUUUUUAUUUACAGUUUUUUAAAAAAAAAAUUGAAUUCAAAUUUUCAACCCCUUGAGAUAGGGCUUAAAUUCCUAUUUUCUGAGUUACUACCACAGGCCUGUGGCCUACUUAUCCAGUAACAGAAUGGCGUAAUUGUCCCAUUUGUAAAAGUUGCAUAUGCUGCUAUUGGCUGAGAUUUCAGGAAAUCACAGGUGAAAAAUGUAAUGUUUAUAUUGAACUUUACUGGUGCUGGAAAAUUCCUAAACCUUAAUGCCUGACCAGAAAAGUGUAUUUUCAUUUCACAUUCUGCAUAUUUUGGACAGAUUGAGGGAUUAGGGUGCCUUCUCCAAUUUUCCUAUCAUUUUUACACUGAAUGUUUACCACAAUUCAAAAUUCCUGCCUUCAGCUUUUUUAAGAUUUGAUUUCUUCAAU